AUGGUCGUACACAACCCUAACAACUGGCAUUGGAUCGAUAAAAAUUGCUUGCCAUGGUCCAAGGAAUAUUUCUCAACUCAUAUAAAGGAUACAUCAUAUGAGAAUGAUGACUAUAGGUUUGUAAUAACAGGUGUUAAUUCGGUUACUGGGGAUUGCGAUGUAACUCAAAGAAAGGGAAAAGUGUUGUGCAUAUAUGAUAUGAGACUUCUGUUUGCUCUAUCGAUUUUGAAUAAACAGUUGAAAGAGGAUGAGAACGAGAACGAGGACGAAGACGGGGACGAGAAAGAAGCCAAAAUGGCUUAUGGAACCAUCACUAUCCCAGAGUUUGUACAUGAUCAAGAAGAGGACGAAUACGUAUUUGAGAUUGAUUCAGAGCAUAAAGCAGAAAUUGUAAAACUACUCGUUCCUAAAUUAAAAUCAAAAUUGUCAAAGUUUCAAAACGAUUUAAUAGAAGCUCAUGCAAAGGAUGUACAACAUACAUCAGGUCAUUAA